UAACAAUUAGAUAGAGUCAAUUUUGGUGUGGCACAUCGGCUGAAAAGAGGGCGAGGGAGACGAGGAUUCUGUGUCGGAGAAAAAUAAUAAAAGUCAGGACCCGAAUCGCCCAGGAUGGCACUUUUGAGGGCGUCUAUGAAUUUGAGUAAGGGACUCUGUCGGCAUCAAGGUGCUUGCAGUUUGAUCACCGUACCGGAGCGUAGCUUGAAGGUUGGUCCCAAAGGAACAUACAUAUCCAAGAUGAUACCCACCAUGGUGAAGCUGGAGGCUGGCAAGAAAUAUUCUUGGUGUAAAUGUGGGCUGAGUAAGAAACAGCCUUUCUGUGACGGGGCUCACAAACCCACCGAGUUCAAACCAGUCCGGUUCGAGGUCGAGAAGAGCAAAUCGUACCUGAUGUGUCGAUGCAAGCAAACGAGCAACCAACCGUUCUGCGACAUGACCCACGUCAAAGUAAUGUUUCAAUCGUUUACUGGUCAGCUGAAGGACAAACCAGUUGGAUAGAUAUAUAUUCACUUGGGACUACUAGCAGGUGAUCUGCUUCCCACAAACAGGUUCCUCUGCCUUAGUCGAAUAAUCGCCUCACUCAAAUCAAUAUUUCAGACCAGGGGCCUGUAACUCAAAACUUAGCGGUUGAUAGUAUAACAAUUUUGUACGAUUGAUUAGAUUGACUACAAUGCGAUAGCUCAGUAGGAGGCGCGAUAGCUCACUAGGUAGAGCGGGGGAUUCGUAUUCCGGUGAACCGGGUUCGAUUCCCACUUCUCGAGCUAGUGCCCUUUGGUAAGG